UAGUUCCUCUCCGCACCACUAUGAUUGAAGAUUCACCCCAAGUUCGGUUCCACACAAAAUUUAGCUCUGCUCACCGCGGUGGGCCGCCGCUGCAGCGCUGCCCUGCCACUGCCAUGCGCGUCGCCGCUCGGGCCGGUCUCAAUGCCGGACGCUUCUUGCGCUCAGCCGCGGCCAGAAUUGGAGGUGCCAUUUGCCAGGGGCGUACUCCAUUGAUUCGGGCUGAGUUGUGCAAAUUGUGAUAGAACUUUCCCGAGAUUCAAGCCCAUACAAUGCAGGGCAUCUCUAUAUGCGGUUCAGUUGCCUCACCCCAUGGAGCAAACUGCAGAAGGGCUUGUGUUGCAAGGAACGAUGUGAGGCUGCCUUGUGAAGUUAAUGCAGUAAGCCAGGGAUUGCACUCUCUGCAUUGGUGGUGUGCACACAAACCGCAAAUGAAGAACAAUGGAAGAAGAAUGAAUGCCGCAGUGAAAACUAAUGCCAGAUGGUUGUUUGGAGGAGAUGGGCGUAGCAAUGAUGCAAGGCUGGAGCGCAGUGAGUCUGCUAAUGAAGAUAUUUUGAUCUUCUACUUCCAGAUGGAUCUACAGACCCGGAUACAGUAUGCAUUGAAUAUAGAACAAUUUGAUGUGGCAAAGCAAUUGAGGGAAAAACUAACCGAGAUUGAAACAGAAAUUAUUAGGCAGCGUGAAGCUAGAAGGGGUUCACCAAAGACUGAAGCCCAAGACAAAGCUCUAAAUCUUAUACGUGUGCGUGCAGACUUGCAGAAGGCUAUUGACAGUGAAAACUAUGCUUUGGCAGCUGGUCUCCGUGAUGACAUUGCCAAACUUGAGGUUGAGUCUCUUGCAGUAUCUGCUAAAGCUCUUGCUUAUCAAAAUGUGAAAUAUGCAUUUCGAUUAGGGCAGAAAGUACGUCACAAUAUACAUGGAUAUAGAGGCGUGAUAUGUGGCAUGGACCCGGUGUGCUGUGAAUCCAAGUCCUGGAUGGAGACAGCAAACGUGGAGAAGCUGUCUAAGGGUCCAAAUCAACCUUUUUAUCAGGUCCUGGUUGAUGUAUAUGUUGAUCCAGAACUGCUGGUUGCAUAUGUCGCAGAAGAAAAUCUUUCUGCAGCUGAAGAAUCAGAAAAAGGAAGGUUUGAUCACCCCUACAUUGAGUUUCUCUUUUACGGUGAGGACACAGCUGGGGAUUUCAUUCCUAUCAAGCAGCUCCGUGAGAAGUAUGACCAGCCACGCUAUGAAGCUUCUGGAGAUGAAAGUGACAACGAUGGCAACACAAAUAGCUAAAGGUCAAGUGCCUUCGUGUUGCUAGAGUUGUUUUGGAACCAUUUUGAUUCACCUCCACCAACUCAGAUGUGAAGUGCUGAACUAUCUGGUACAGAUGCAGAUGUAAGACAAGGCAACCAUUGGCGAACUGGGCAUCCUCAGUAACCUGCAGUAAUUCUCUGCAUAUGCCGUCCAACCUUGCAGAUCGAAAAUUACUCUUUUAGAGUUUUACCGUCACCAAUCGAUUAAGCCAUGCUUGAGAUAAGCUACGUGUGCCUUGCUUUUACAUUAUAAUACCAUCGAUAAAUAUAAACGAAGGAAAGAAAGGAAGAAAGAAAGAAAGAAAAAAAUAUAUAUCCCUAUGGAUGUUCUGUGUAUAGUUCUCUGAGAUCUAUCUAGUUCUGUACUGUACCCUCUGGUGGACAAUUGUGCAUAUGUAACACUGGCAACUUGUGUGGAGUCUCGAAUAAAUUACGCGAAGACUUCACAUGCAGUUGUUUGGACUCUGCAUUCAUGGAAUCAAUCAUGUGGAAAUAACAUUUUUUGUUGACUGCU